CUCUCUUGGAUAACAAGUGCAGCGGAAGAUUUCUGCCGGAAUAGCUAAGCCGGAGCUCCCUUUAGAAUGAAUCGGAUGUCGUUUUUGCAGAAGACGCUUUUGAUAUAAGAAUGCAGCGCACAAAAGUGAAAUACAAAUACAUAUGUGAGCUGUACCACGGGGCUGGGGGCAUCAUUGGCAGUACUAGACCUAAACAAAGUCCACUUGUUUCGUUCUCCCCCGCCAUCUGCCGAAUGCUUCCCAGCACGUCGAUGCAACCCGUCCCAUGCCCCCCCCCCAAAUCACGUCACAUUCCACGUCCCUAUUAGCCCAAAUUCUUCCUUUGUUUCACCCCCCCUCCCCCACAGCGCCAUCGCUGUCCGUCCCAUCCCCAUCCCCCAUCAGGAA